AUGGCUCGCGAAAAGACUGCAGACCCUGGAGGGAUACGCCCCGGCCAUGCUGACCUGAGCCAGCCGGCUUACUGUCUCCCAUUCGAUGUCGUUUUGAAAGAGCUCGGGACCAACGUCGACGAGGGACUGACAAAGGAUGAGGCCGCCCGUCGCCUUCAGCAAUAUGGGCCCAACCAGCUCGACGAGGGCGAGGGUGUCUCUGUUGUCAAGAUCCUCGUGCGCCAGGUGGCCAAUGCAAUGAUGCUAGUGCUGAUUCUGGCCAUGGCGGUCAGUUUCGGAAUUCAAUCGUGGAUUGAGGGCGGCGUGAUCUCAGCCGUCAUCAUCCUGAAUAUUGUUGUCGGGUUCUUCCAGGAAUAUGCAGCCGAGAAGACUAUGGAGUCGUUGCAUUCGUUGAGUUCGCCAACGGGAACCGUUUCAAGAGGCGGCGAGACCUUCUCGGUUCCAUCUGCUGAGAUUGUCCCCGGUGAUAUGGUUGAGUUGAGGACGGGUGAUACCGUCCCUGCGGAUAUCCGACUGGUCGAAGCCGUCAACUUCGAGACCGAUGAAGCCCUUCUCACUGGAGAAUCCCUCCCCGUGCAAAAGGAAUGCGACUCUACGUUCAAGGAAGAGACCGGCCCCGGUGACCGGCUGAAUCUUGCCUACAGUUCAAGCACUGUCACUCGUGGUCGUGCCAGAGGCGUAGUCGUUAAUACAGGCAUGGCUACCGAGAUUGGUUCCAUCGCGGCCGCGCUUCGUGCCACUAACAGCAAGCGCCGUCCGGUCAAACGCGGUCCUGACGGCGAGACCAAGAAACGCUGGUACCUCCAGGCAUGGACGCUGACUGGUACUGACGCAGUGGGCCGAUUCCUGGGAGUUAAUGUAGGGACUCCGUUGCAGCGUAAGUUGUCGAAACUUGCUAUCUUGCUAUUUGGUGUCGCUGUGCUCUUUGCCAUUAUUGUCAUGGCAGCCAAUCUGUUCUCGAACGAUAACGAGGUAAUCUUGUACGCUGUUGGAACCGGUCUGAGUAUGAUCCCUGCCUGUUUGGUGGUCGUUCUUACAAUCACCAUGGCUGUCGGGACAAAACGCAUGGUGGAACGUAAUGUGAUUGUCCGCAAGUUGGAUUCAUUAGAGGCCCUUGGAGCGGUGACCAAUAUCUGCUCUGAUAAGACUGGUACCUUGACCCAAGGCAAAAUGGUGGUUAAGAAGGCCUGGAUACCUUCGCGGGGGACAUACUCCGUUGGUAAUUCGAACGAGCCCUUCAACCCAACCGUCGGAGACGUCACUUUCACGCCGCUUUCACCAGUGGACUUCGUCGACGAAAAAGAGGGCCCUGUGACUGAGAAUGUGGAAAGUCUAGUUGAAGGGAACCGUGCACUUGAAGACUUCCUGGACGUUGCGUCUAUGGCUAACCUUUCUCACGUUUUCAAGUCUGAGGAAGGAGAUUGGCGUGCCCGAGGUGAGCCAACUGAGAUCGCCAUUGAAGUGUUUGCCUCCCGUUUCAACUGGAACCGAGACCGAUGGACCAAGGGGUCGAAAGCCGUGUGGCAUCAAAAGGCAGAAUUUCCGUUUGAUUCAACGGUGAAGAGGAUGUCUGUCAUCUUCAGCAAAGAGACUCCAGACGGGGAGCACAGCAUGGUAUUUACCAAAGGUGCCGUGGAGCGGAUCGUCGACGCCUGCACGACGGCUGUUUGGGACAACUCAUCGGCUCCUGUGGCUCUAAACGACGAGAUGCGCAGUCAGAUUCUCCAGAACAUGGAGGAACUUGCCAAAUUGGGCUUACGCGUGUUGGCACUGGCUCAUCGGCCUUACAACGAGCAAGGCCGAACCCUUGAAGGAUCUGAUCUCAACCGCGAUGAUAUUGAGAAGAACCUCUGCUUCCUCGGCCUCAUCGGCUUGUAUGACCCGCCGCGUCCUGAAACUGCGGGGUCCAUCACUGCCUGCUAUAAGGCUGGGAUCACGGUGCACAUGGUGACGGGCGACCAUCCAGGGACGGCUAAAGCAAUUGCCCAGCAGGUGGGCAUCCUCCCGGCAGAUAUGUCAGUCCUCGGAACAGAUGUGGCCGAGGCCAUGGUCAUGACGGCCGCUCAGUUCGAUAGACUCUCCGAUGAAGAAAUCGAUGACCUCCCAACCCUCCCACUUGUGAUUGCUCGAUGUGCCCCUCAAACAAAAGUACGCAUGAUCAACGCCCUUCACCGGCGCGGUAGGUUCGCAGCAAUGACCGGUGACGGUGUCAAUGACUCACCCUCUCUCAAACACGCUGAUGUCGGCAUCGCCAUGGGCCAAGCCGGGUCGGACGUCGCCAAAGACGCCUCAGACAUUAUCCUCACUGACGACAACUUCGCAUCGAUUCUGAACGCUGUCGAAGAAGGCCGCCGCAUCUUCGACAACAUCCAAAAGUUCGUGCUGCAUCUACUUUCAGAGAAUAUUGCGCAAGCAUGCACACUGCUCAUUGGGCUCGCCUUCAAAGACCUCGACGGCAAAUCCGUGUUCCCGCUCGCCCCUGUUGAGAUCCUCUGGAUCAUCAUGAUCACGUCUGGCAUGCCAGACAUGGGUCUUGGUAUGGAGGUCGCAGCACCAGACAUCAUGGACCGACCACCGCAAUCCAAGCAGGGGAUUUUCACCUGGGAGAUAAUCGUCGACAUUCUCGUCUACGGCUUCUGGACCGCAGCGUUAUGUCUCUCUGCGUUCUCCCUACGCAUGUGGGGAUUCGGCGACGGCAAUCUUGCGUCUGGCUGUAACCGCGAGUACUCUGACGCCUGCGACCUGGUCUUCCGCGCGCGGGCUACCACGUUUGUCUGCCUCACAUGGUUCGCGCUCUUCUUGGCCUGGGAAAUGGUCAACCUCCGCCUGUCGUUCUUCCGCAUGCAGCCUGAUAGCAAGAAAUACUUCACCCAGUGGAUGUAUGAUGUCUGGCGCAAUAAAUUUCUCUUCUGGUCCAUCAUGGCAGGUUGGAUCACCACAUUCCCAAUUCUUUAUAUCCCUGUCCUGAAUACAGUCGUGUUCAAGCACACAGGUAUCAGCUGGGAGUGGGGAAUUGUAUUUGUUGAAGCCGCGCUGUUCUUCGCCGGCGUUGAGGCUUGGAAGUGGGCGAAGAGAGUUUACUACCGUAAACAGGCAAGAAAACAGCAAGGCGUCAGGCCGUUUGGAGAGGUAAGCAGGGGCCCUCAGGAUGCCUAA